AUGGGCGGCAUGCGUAAGAGGCUUGCAGAGGACCCGGCCGGCGCCGCGCUGACAGCGGCUGAUGAAGUGGCCCGGCGGCCGCGACGCGCCAGGCGGUGCGCUCAGCGCGGGGGCAGUCGCGGCGGAGGAGCCAUGGCCGAGGUGCCAGGGGUGCCGGGGCCGGUGCUGCUGCCCACGGCGGUGCCGUCGCUGCCUGGCGUCGCCCGCAACCUGUCCGUGCAUAUUACGCGCAUCCUCAACUCCAGCCAGGUGAACCCGCACAUCUUCGACCAGUACAGCCGCAACCGCAAGCUAGACGACUCGGCCGCCUUCUACGGCCUCAUCGCCGCCUACUCGCUGCUCAUCCUGAUCGGCGCCGCAGGCAACUCGCUGGUGGUGUGCGCGGUGGCCCGGAAGCCCGCCAUGCGCACGGCGCGCAACAUGUUCAUCGUCAACCUCGCCGUCUCCGACCUGCUGCUCUGCCUCAUCACCAUGCCGCUCACUCUGAUGGAGAUCCUGACCAAGUACUGGCCGCUCGGCAAGCAGGUGUUCAUCUGCAAGAUGCUCGGCGCGUUGCAGGCGACUAGCAUUUUCGUUUCCACCAUCUCCAUCACUGCCAUAGCGCUCGAUCGCUACCAGGUGAUAGUGUACCCUACGAGGGAGAGCCUCCAGAAAGUGGGCGCCAUCGUCAUCUUGGGCUGCAUCUGGCUGGUGUCGCUCGUGCUCGCAUCGCCAAUGUUCAUCUGGAGGGCUCUCAAGAACCACGACAUCAACCUGCCCGACCUACCGUACAUCUCGUACUGCCUGGAGGACUGGCCCGUGGAACACGGCCGCCUCUACUACUCGAUCUUCUCCCUCAUCGUCCAGUACCUGCUUCCCAUAAUCACAGUCACAGUGGCUUACUCGAGGAUAUGCCACAAGCUGCGAUAUCGCUACGUCAAUUCGUCCAUCGCUAACGGUAAGAGCGGCAGCGGCGACGCUAAGGCUUCCUGCUCCACGCACACGUCCGUCAGGCGCAAACCCAAAGACGACCGGCGGAUGAAGCGCACCAACUCGCUGCUCUACUCGAUCGCGCUCAUUUUCUGCAUCAGCUGGCUACCACUCAACAUCUUCAACCUGGUGAUGGACCUGUGGAACCCGCCGGUGCACGACGAGCAGACAAUGAUCAUUUGCUACGCGGUAUGCCACAUGAUGGGCAUGUCGUCGGCGUGCUCCAACCCACUACUGUACGGUUGGCUAAACGACAACUUCCGCAAGGAGUUCCACGAGAUCGCCGCCGCCGUCUGCCCCUGCGUCAAGAUGGAGGUGGUGCGCGAGCGCGUAGGCUCGCUGCGCUCCAGUAUGACGCGCCGCCGCCAUCGCCGCCAGGACGACGCAGACUCCAGACCUGCCACCGGUGUUGUGGCCGGCUCCACUGGCCGCACCUCCUGUCGCCGGAGCGAAGGUAGGGUCGAGAGCGUGUGUACAAAGCAGGCAGAAGAUAUUUGUAUUGGAUAUGUUAUCUUUUCCGAAAUAAUGAGGAAUGAUGGGGAAACAUGA